AUGGGUGCAGGUCAAUCAAAACCCGACGAGUCAACCAAGCAUGUUUUCACCAGCGAUACACCUAUUCAAUUUUCCCAAGAGCUGAUAGAUUCCCUCCAAGCAUCUUCCGAAACAAACUCGACCCGCGCAAAGACCCUCGAGCUGCACAUCGCACAGCGCGUCGCUGCCGAGCUAGAAAAGAUCCGCAACCACGAAGCCUCGGUCCUUGAGGAGGCACGGAAGAAGAUUGCGACCAGCGGGGAGACAGAUUCAGACUCGUCCCUCCUGCAGAUAUCACCGAAAGACCUCCUUCCGGGUUCUGUCGGUGAUGAGGACAAGAAAGCUCCGUCAAGCCAGAAAGUGCAACAGGAAAUCGAAAAGUUGAAGCAGACCCUGGGACAACGGAAAACGUUAAGAGAGGUGCCGAAGGAGGUCGAGAACGCGAGACAAGAUGUCAUCUCCUGCCUGCGGAUAAACGACCGGAAGCCGCUCGACUGCUGGAAGGAAGUGGAGAUCUUCAAGCGGGAAGUACGGAAGAUGGAGGAGAACUAUGUCUCGUCUGUACUGUAA